AUGGCCACCUGCACAGAGGUUGAUCCCAAGCUUGAGAGCAUCCUAGGGCAAGAUGAGUUCGUUAAGAAGAUGCUUGCCAAGACGAGGAAAGCUCUAAUGUCAGCAUCGCAUCUACCCAGCGGCACCGAGUACUCGGUCAUGUCCGGCAUCGAGGAUAUUAGUGAGCGGAGCGAUGCAGCUGGCAGACGGGUGGAGCACUUGCUUGGAAAGCUCUUCAAAAAGCUCGACCCUGAAGUCCAUGCCAAACGUAUAGGGGAUUGGGGUGAAUUUGAGGAUGCUAUUGAUAACCUCUUCGGGAGAGUUGAUGAGGCCUUUAAGAUCAAGGACAUUGCUGAACAUAGAAUAAUAACAUUAUCGUGUAAAACUAAUACUCCUCUGUCAUUGGUGGGCCGUCCUAUGUUGGCCGCGCUUAUGCAUUGGCGGGAUAAACUUGGACGCCAGAGAGAUGUGUUCCCUAACUCUAUUCUCACUGAUCGUUUGGCGUUGAGGAUUGCUAUGGAUGAACCAGUGACUCGAGAGCAGCUCCUACGAGCACUGGGGGGCGGGUCCGGAGGAGUGGCGAGGCAGGUCCGCGACAGGGCGGAUGAAGUGCUGGCUGUGCUGCAGUAUGCAGCGACGCAUCCAAAGUCGCCAAUACGAGAUGCAGAGGAUGUCCAGUUGGAGUCGUUUGAGCCUUCCUCUGCUACUCCCCCGCCGCCGUCUACACCGGAGACGAAGCGAUGGAAGGGUCGAGGGUCGGGUACGCCCUUGGGUGGUAGUCGCCGUAAGGACCGACGUAAUAUUCGUGAUGAAGCUGUAGUGUUGGACACCAGUGAAAUAGAGGUGCUGGAUGCAGGCGCUUUACCCUCCCAUGAAGUGAGUGGGCCGACUGAUGUACUUAGUGUGGAUACGUCUAUGGAUGAUGAAGAGGUUACGGCAAAGGUGGAUGGGGUUCGGGCUGCAUUGGCAGUUGCUAUGGCUGAGGUGCCUGCGGAAUUGGCUAGUACAAUGUAUUUGGCCCGACAGAAGGAGGCUAAAACUGAGGAGGCUGAGGCAACUGAGAUGGAGAAUCCUGUUGUUGGAAGUGUUGUGACCGAACCUGUCAAGAAGGAGUCUGGUGCUCCGAAGGAGGCAUCCUUGCCGUCGCCAGAGAUCAUACAUGUUGGAGGAACCAAGGCCAUUCCUAAGAGCAUCCGACAGGCUUAUGCGAAUGUGCCUCAAGCUCCUGUAAGUGGGUUGUUGGGUAAGAGGCGACAUGGGGCGACGGCGGCAGCGGAAAUAAGGAGGGAUACUCCGGCGAAGGGAAAGCGAUCGGCGGCGAGUCAAGCACUGAAGUUCAUUGAGCAAGAGUUUGACUUGAAGGAUGAUGAUGAUGCUGCGGUGAAGACGACUGAAGUGCCGAAGAAAAAGAGGAGGAAUAAACGGCAUGAGAAGAGUCCCUCAGCGGAACCAUCGAAUGUGGAAGGUGGAGGUUUUGCAAAGCCUAAGGGGAUUGCGAAGCGGCAACGUCGAUGAGGGUCUUCGGCAUUGAUACGAUGAACAUCAACAACUACGUCCUGGGUUUCU